CGAUGGAAGAGCCGGGCAGCGCUCUCCCUCCCUCCCCGCCUUACAAAAGAACUGAGCAUGCGCCGGUCUCUUUCCCAAGUCAAGAGAGAUGCGUGCUUCCCUAGGCAUUUUCCAGCAAAGGCUUGAAAGCUGCUCCGCUCUUUCUCCAGCGCCCGAGUGAGCCUUUCAGGCAAGGGAAGAGGCUGCAGGGAAACCUUGGGACUUGGAGAUCCAGACGUGAGUCUGGGUUCAAUGACUGGAUAUGUAAACUGGAAAUAUAUUCCGGUUCUUCUGGAAUCUUAAGUAUCUUGUCUGGGAAGAGAGCUGAAUGGCCUUGGAAAAUUUGGCCAGACCUCUUGUGAACAGAAAGACCUGUGGAGAUCCAUGGGUCUGUUUUGAAGCUGUAUUAGAGACUAGAGAAAAGAUGGAGGGACAACACCCAGCAGAUGCAGAAAUUAGAAAAAGCCCUUCAACUGCUCAGUCUUGGAGCUGUGGGAAGAAUGGGGCAGGUCCUGGGCAGAAGAGUCACGAAGAGGCAUCCAAUAGUUCAGAGGUCCAAUGUUGUCACUUCACAAAAGUGCAGUUUCAGGAGGGGAGCCGUCCCCGAGAUGUUUGCACUCAGCUUCACUACCUUUGCUGUCAGUGGCUGCAACCAGAAAAACACACCAAGGCUCAGAUGCUGGACCUGGUGCUCCUGGAACAAUUCCUGGCUGUCCUUUCCCCAGAGGUGGCGAAAUGGGUGCGGGAGUGUGGAGCAGAGACCAGUUCCCAGGCGGUGUCCCUGGCUGAAGGAUUUUUGCUGACUCAGGAGGAGGAAAACAUGCAGGAAGAGUUGCAGAAAUCCAUGGAAGCUGUGACUGAGUAUCCUAAGGAGGGGAAAGAUUCAUUCAAAUCUUCUCAAGAGCUGCUCUUCAGGGAGAACUUACAGAAAGAUCAAAGUCAAGACUCUACGGAAGAGAGUAGAAAGCUGUCCUUGGAGUUUUUAGAAUCACCUCUUUCUGAUGAAGUUGAAGGAUUAGCUGAACCGCUACUUCAGGAUGUUGUGUCUUUUGAGGAAGUGGCUGUGUAUUUCUCCAAGGAGGAGUGGUCUCAACUGGAUGCUGACCAAAAGGCACUCCACGGAGAAGUCAUGCUGGAGAAUUCCAGGAAUCUCUUUUCGCUGGGCUUUAAUGGGCAAGAGAAUAAGAAUUGCAAUGAGGAAUGCCAAGCGAUCCAUUCGAAAGGGGGGAAAAGGAAAUUUGUAGAUCAGAUGCAACCAAAAAGGGAUGAAACCAAACAAUCCCAAAGUGGAAUUAAAAAAAGUCUUUCUCAGGUCAGAGGGCUUCCUAACCAUACAGUGAUCGAUAUGGGAGAAAGACCAUAUAAAACCAUGGAGUGCGGAAAGAGGUUUAAUAAAUCCAAUCAUCUCAUUUCUCACGAAAAGGCACAUUCAGAAGAGAAACGAUUUACCUGCAUGGAGUGUGGAAAGACCUUCAGUUAUAAUCAGUAUCUUAAAAGACAUCAAAGGAUCCACACAGGAAAAAGACCUUAUAAAUGCAUGGAGUGUGGAAAGACCUUUAUUCGUAACAGUGAUCUUAAUAUCCACAAGCGGAUCCAUACAGGAGAGAAACCGUAUCAAUGCAUGGAGUGUGAUGAGACCUUCUGUUAUUCUAAGACUCUUAGAAUCCAUCAGAGGAAUCACAGAGGAGAAAGUCCUUAUAAAUGCAUGGAGUGUGGAAAAACCUUUACUAGUAGCAGUAGUCUGAAAUCCCACAAUUUGAUCCAUACAGGAGAGAAGCCAUAUCAUUGCAUGGAGUGUGGAAAGGGUUUUAGGAAGAUUGGUAAUCUUAAUACCCACCAGAGGAUCCACACAGGAGAAAGACCUUAUAAAUGUGAGGAAUGUGGAAAGGCCUUUAGGUGGAGUAAUGCUCUUGACACCCAUAAAAGGAUCCACACAGGAGAGAAACCAUAUCCCUGCAUGGAGUGUGGAAAGAGUUUUAGAUUUAGUAGUCAUCUUAAUACCCACAAGCGGAUCCACACAGGAGAGAAACCGUAUCCCUGCAUGGAGUGUGGAAAGAGUUUUAGAUUUAGUAGUCAUCUUAAUACCCACAAGCGGAUCCACACAGGAGAGAAACCGUAUCAAUGCAUGGAGUGUGAUGAGACCUUCUGUUAUUCUAAAACUCUUAUAAUCCAUCAGAGGAAUCACAGAGGAGAAAGACCUUAUAAAUGUAUGGAGUGUGGAAAAACCUUUAUUUGUAGCAAUAGUCUGAAAUCUCACAAUUUGACCCACACAGGAGAGAAGCCAUAUAAAUGCAUGGAGUGUGGAAAGGGUUUUAGGAACAGUGGUUAUCUUAAUACCCACAAGAGGAUCCACACAGGAGAGAAACCGUAUCAAUGCCUGGAGUGUGGAAAGACUUUUAGUUGUAGGAGUAGUCUUAAUUCCCACAAGAGGACCCACACAGGAGAAAGACCUUAUAAAUGCAUGGUGUGUGGAAAGAGCUUUACUCAUAGCAGUAGUUUUCAUCACCACAGUCGGAGCCACACAGAAGAGAAGUCAUAUACAUGUGUGGAAUGUGGAGAGGGCUUUAGAAAGAGUUGUGAUCUCAAUUCCCAUAAAAGGAUCCAUAUGGGAGAAAAAAACAUAUGAAUGCAUGGAGUGGAGCUUUGUAAGGAGUAACACUUUUAUUUGCCAUAGAAGCAUCCACACAUGGGAGAAAUCCAGAUAGUCCUUGGUGUAUGACUGCAAUUGUGCCCAAAAUUUCUGCUGCUAAGCGAAGCAGUUAUUAAGUAUGUCUUGCCUUAUUUUACGACUUUUUUUGCCACUUUUGUUAAGUGAGUCACUGUACUUGUUAAGUUAGGAACACUGUUAUGAAAUGAAUUUGGCUUCCUCAUUGGAUUUGCUUGUCAGAAGCUCGCAAAAGGUGAUCCCAUGAUCCAGGGACAAUGCAACUGUCAUGAAUCAGUUGCCAAGCAUCUGAAAUUGGAUCAGGUGACCAUCGGGAUGUUGUUCAUAACUGUGAAAAAUGGUCAUUAGUCACUUUUUUCAGUGCUUCUAUGACUUUGAGUAAUCAUUAUAUGAACUGUAAUAAAUUGAGACUACCUAUAUUUGUCUAAAAUAUCUUGCAAGGACCAUUUGAGUAAUAAUCCAAAUAAACUGUAGCUCCUCUUAAA